UCACAAACCUACAGCAAUCAGAUAUCUGGCGUGGGUUUCAGAAGAAAACAUCCAAGAAAAAAGACAAGGAAUGUGAGGGUGAGAACAUGACGAAGAAGAAGAAUGCUGAUGAGGAUCAAGCUGGCAAAAAAGGGGGCAGUGGAAUGGCAUUUCUCCAGAGGGUAAAUUCAGUGUUCAGUAAAAAUCAGCCUAAAUCUCAAAGAAAGCAUCCUAAUGCCCAGUCAGUAGGAAUGUCCACACCAGAGAAGGAAGCCAUGAGUUCUACACAAAGAGGAGAACCAGGUAGAACCACAGAUGAAUGGAACGCUCACCAUGUGCCAAAACCCUGUGUGUCAGAAGAGUCGUCAAAGGUUGUAGAAGAUCCAGAAACACAUGGUAGAAUGGAGCUGCAAAAAACCAAAUACGAUGCACCUGCUGUCGACUAUAGACUAAUUCAUCCUACAAAGAAUGGGGGAACUGCAAACCAGACAUUUAUACCAUUCGAAACUGGAGAUUCUGCUCUAUUUCUAAGGAAUUCCUCUAAGAAAAAACACAUGGAUCCUGGUACUUCUGCAACCACAAGGGAUAUAUUUCAUAUGAUCAGCAAGCUACAGGAUGAAAAUGCUACCCUAAAGCAUGAAAUGGACACAGUGAAAUAUCAGUAUGAAAUGCUGAAACAUCACAAUGACAUACUAGAAAGGAAAUACCAUCAGGAAGUGACUACUAAAAUAAGAGAUAUAGAACAUCUAGUAACAACUGUAAAAGAAGUAACAGAAGAGGAGAAAAGAAAUGAUACUGGUAGUCCUGCAACUCUAAGCAAUAUACUGGAUAUAAUCCAAAAACUAAAGGAUGAAAUUGUUACCCUAAAGCAAGACAUGGAAAAAAUGCGACAGGAGAAUUUAAUGCCGAAAGAAGACAAGGACAGACAAGAAAGGAAAGACAGUCAACAAGAUACUGGUAAUCCUACAACUGUAAGAAAUAUACUGCAUACAAUUCAAAACCUAAAGGAUGAAAUUGCUACCCUAAAUCAACACAUGGAAAGACUGCAACAUAAGUUUUUAGUGCAGAAACAAGACAUAGACAGACUGGAAAGGAAAGAAAAUGAAGGGAGAACUACAGUACGAUACACAAAACACGAAACAAUAAAAGUAAAAGAAGUGAGAGAAGAGGUGCUACGAAAUGAUACUGAUAGUCCUUCAUCUCAAAACAAUAUACUGCAUACAAUCCAAAAGCUAAAGGAUGAAAUUGCUUCCCUAAAGCAAGACAUGGAAAUAUUGCAACAGGAGAAUUUAAUGCUGAAACAAGAUAUGAACAGACAGGAAAGGAAAGACAGUCAACAGGAUACUGGUAGUCCUGCAACUCUAAGCAAUAUACUGCAUACAAGCCAAAAGCUAAAGGAUGAAAUUGCUACCCUAAAGCGAGACAUGAAAACAAUGCAACACGAUUAUGUAAUGCUGAAACAAGACAUGGACAGACAGGAAAGGAAAGACAAUCAAAAAGAUACUGUUAGUCCUGCAACUCUAAGGAAUAUACUGGAUACAAACCAAAAGCUACAGGAUGAAAAUGCUACCCUAAAGCGAGACAUUGACACAAUGCAAAAUGAGUAUGUAAUGCUGAAAGAAGACAUUGACAGACUGGGAAAGAAAGCAUAUCAGCAUGAUUCUGAUAGUCAUGAAAAGUCAAGAGAGAGAUUCCAUGAAAUCCAAGAGCUACAGGAUGAAAUUGCUACCAUAAAGCAAUUAUUGGACAUAGUAAAACAUCACUAUAAAAUGAGGAUGCAAAUGCUGAAACAAAACAAGGACAGACUAAAGACUUCUCAUCAUGAAAUGAAAUCAGAGGACAUCAAGUGAACACAUUAUCGAAAAUAAUAGAAAAUUUAAAAAGAGAUAUACAAAAUGUAAAGUAUUCCACAUUUCACAGAAUUCAUUCACAAUCUAAUGCUGAGCCUGAUCCCAAGUAAGACACAGUAUUC